UCGAGGUCCUGCAGCCGGACUGGGCCCCUCGCCCCCUCCUCCAGCGGCCUGCGGGCCUUGGCAGCGCCGCCCUUGCCCACACUGACCCCGUGUGGCAGGGCCACUCCGCGCCCCGGGGCCACUCUGUAAUGGUAGGGCAGCCUCAGCCCCGAGAUGACGUCGGGUCUCCGCGGUCCCGGGUUAUUGUAGGAACUAUCCGGCCCCGCGUAAUCGUAGGGUCUGCGCGGGCCAGGCCCACACCAGACGGGUCUCCCCGCCCCCAAUUGGCGGCGGAGGAGUCUCCUCGCCCCAGAGUCAUCUUCGGGACGCCCAGGGCCCGGGUGAUUGUGGGCUCGCCCCGGCCCCGGGUGAUUGUUUCAUCUCCGUGGCCCUCGGUGGUCGUAGCGUCUCCGAGACCGCGGGCUCCCUUAGGGUCCCCGUGGCCCCGAGUUGUAGUCGGGACACCCCGGCCGCGGGUGAUCGUCGGCUCUCCACGCGCCCGGGUCGCUGGCGCGGAUCCAGCCUCGGCGCCUUCUCAGGGCGCCCUGCAAGGCCGCAGGCAGGAUGAACAUUCUGGCGCCCGUGCGGAGGGAUCGCGUCCUGGCGGAGCUGCCGCAGUGCCUGAGGAAGGAGGCCGCUUUGCACGUGCACAAAGACUUCCACCCCCGCGUCACCUGCGCCUGCCAGGAGCACCGGACAGGCACCGUGGGCAGAUUUAAGAUCUCCAAGAUCAUUGUGGUGGGGGACCUGUCGGUGGGGAAGACUUGCCUCAUUAAUAGUUGGGAUACCGCUGGACAGGAGAGGUUCAAAUGCAUUGCAUCAACCUACUAUCGAGGAGCUCAAGCCAUCAUCGUUGUCUUCAACCUGAAUGAUGUGGCAUCUCUGGAACAUACCAAGCAGUGGCUGGCUGAUGCCUUGAAGGAGAAUGACCCUUCCAGUGUGCUUCUCUUCCUCGUAGGUUCCAAGAAGGAUCUGAGUACCCCUGCUCAGUAUGCGCUGAUGGAGAAAGAUGCCCUCCAGGUGGCCCAGGAGAUGAAGGCUGAGUACUGGGCAGUCUCAUCUCUCACUGGUGAGAAUGUCCGAGAAUUCUUCUUCCGCGUGGCAGCACUGACCUUUGAGGCCAAUGUGCUGGCAGAGCUGGAGAAAUCGGGGGCCCGACGCAUUGGGGAUGUUGUCCGCAUCAACAGUGAUGACAGCAACCUCUACCUAACUGCCAGCAAGAAGAAGCCCACAUGUUGUCCAUGAGGGGUGAGGAGACUGUUCAGGGACUGCCAAGCCCUGGGGCACUGUGCCACCCUCAUUCCUCCAGAGCUUGACCCCUGAACAUUGGCACUGACUUUAUCCAGACCAAAGAGCUGCCUCUUGGUGGCAGUAUUCCCACAGAGGGGUAGCUGGGACCAUGCUAAUCACUUCCUGCUCCAGGCACCGUGCCAAAGACUGGAUGCCCCCUACUCUUCAGGGGACUGUCCAGGGUGCCCAGCGGUAGUGGGGAAGAGUGUCUCUGUUCUUUUGCUCAGCCUGCUGGGCCCUUUGUGUGUGAGGAUGCUUGAUUCCAGCCUCUCAUUGUGCCUUAUGCAUUAAAAUUUCUUUGUUACGAGCA